UGUCACUAACGCGUGGGGAUUAAUCUUUCGACUCGGCGCUGCUGAGUAAUAGUUAUAUAUUUUAUGCUCGCAGCGUUUAUGAUAUCAGAAGAAAACGGGAGGAACAUCAUGAGCUAUCACCUUGAAGGGUGAGUAUGUUCUUGAGACAAAGUCUGCUGGACGAUUAGCACGAGAUCUUUCUGCUACUUUCUGGGUUUUACGUAAGAAACAAGGAGAUUUUAUUGAAAAAAGUCGUUGUGACCAAGCUUUAUUUACAUGGCUGCACGAUUGAAACUCGGUCGAUGGAAGCGUGAACGGUGGAAAAAGGAGUCAAAUGUGUCAAACAGCACACCUUCCACGCGCUCUGAAGGAAGUGGAACCAUCCAUGAAAUCAGUGGCGUGAGGGCUAAAAACUUUGAUGACAGCUAUUUUGAAAAACUCAAUUCACUGAACUGGAAUGAAAAACAGGCUGAAAACCAAAAUAUUAAGGACACAGUCGCUGAUGACAACCUUAAUCAAUCAGAGGAAGAUGAACAAAGUGAGGCAGAGGUGUUAUCAUCUAUUGAAGCUGAACCAACUUUAAAUGAUAAACAGCGAGCUGCAUUGUACUGUGAACUAUUGUAUACUGUCAUACACCAGCUCGGAGCACGUGGCAAGACAUCCUCUCUCACCCCUGGAGAUUUAUUUGUGUAUGCUCAGGAGGCCCUAAAAAUAUCUGAAGAGACACAUCGAAUGCUUUAUGCCAAGACAAAAGAAAGAGAACCUCCAACGUGUAUCAUAAAAGUUGAAGUUGUUGAGGCCAGACAUCUGGAGGCAAAAGAUGCAGAUGGUUUGAGUGAUCCCUACUGCAUGUUAGGGUUAAUAACAGAUGAAAAGGAAGAGGAGAAAAUAAAGAAUAUCAGAGCACAUCGUAGGAAGUCUAAGAGCACAAUCCGAGAGGUUCUUGAUGGCGAGUCUAUGCAUAUGACAACUGUGAAAGAAAACACUCUAAAUCCAGUAUGGAAUGAAACAUUCAUGAUGAAGGUUACCAACUCACAAGAAGAGAAAUUGCAUCUUGACAUCUGGGACUGUGAUGACAAGGCAUUACUUAAGGAAGAAGACCGAAAACUUUCAAAAAUAAGAGGGAUCUCUGGAAUGGGAAGGUUUUUCAAAGAUGUCAUGCAGUCAGCUCGAAAAUCAGGAGAGGAUGGCAAUACUGAUGAUUUCCUCGGUUACAUUGAAAUACCAAUUAAGGAAAUUCCAGCCGCUGGCAUUGAUGAGUGGUUCAAGCUUAAAGGACGUUCUUCAAAAUCUCACGUGGAUGGUCACUGUCAUCUUAAAAUUACCCUUACUACUGGAAAGAAACCUGACAUUCCAUAUGAAAUCAAGCAUCUUUAUCCAACAACCCUGGAUAUCCAUGGUGCGCUUUUAAGAGAAUUUAUUCAUUAUGGCUGUGAAAACUACCAGGACACUGACAGCAAACGAAAUUCAACUGAGCUCUGUCCACAAGCGGAGUUCAUUCUUCAUCAACAUGCUCUACAGAAUGAGUUAAACGAUCUUCAACAAGUCAGCAUUCGCUGGAUGCUUUUCAGUCACCAUCACUGGCUUGAGCCAAUGAAGUACAGCUCUUUAAACGUAUUAGUGAGCACUCUAAAGAAGGAAUGGAAAACUGGGGCACUCAGCCAACGAGAGGAACAUUCAUUGGUCAAGUCGUUAAAGAUAUUUACAGAUAACUGUUGGAGGUUAUUGAUAAAAUAUAGAGACGUUUUCCCUGCCACAGAUAAAGGAAAGCUCAGUCGCUUGAUAAAUUUACUGGAGUGUUUGUCAAAUUUAUACAAGCUCGAAGUUUUCAAGAAUUCAAUUAAGGAACCAUUGAAUGUUCAAAUGUCAAAUCUUCUUAAAGAAUCAGCCCUUGCUUGGUACAAGAAAGUGUAUGCAUGGAAGGAGCCUCAGACAAAGAACGAAGAGGCUAUGCUAUCAGCUAUGGUGGAUGUUGCUGAAUCUCUAGUAACAGACAUGUUUCAAGCCAAGGCCUGUUACAGAAAGAUAUUCGCAGUAACGGGAGUGAAGUAUUUCACUACAGUUUACAACCAGUUGGAAUUAAUGCUUGCAUCUGAUGUUCACAACACUAUGGGGAAUGUCAACAAGCGUCUUAAACAGGAAGGUGGCGCUGACAUUGUUGGAGAGAAGCUGUUUUCAUUAUAUUUGGCCGUGAAGGAAGUCAUUAGUUACCGGAGCAUAGGAGAGUCAAUGCCAGACCAUGUGUAUGCCCUGGAUGACUAUCAUGGGUGGUUCAAACAGUCUAUUUUACGUUGGCUCGAUAUUGCGCAAGUUAAGGCCAAAGAAAGAAUUAAAAGAGCAGUUGAAAUUGACAAGAUCUUGAGGAUUGAUGCAAGUGUUAGUCAUUCAACUUCAGCCAUCGAUGGAGUUGGUUGCUUUUACCAGAUUCGAGAAUUCUGGAAGAAGUUGGCUUGGCCGGACCCAUCUGGAUCCUACGUGUUUGUCAUGCACAUCACCAACCAAAUUUGUAGCAGUGGAUCAUACUACGCUGAUCUUCUGUUCGACAAGAUGAUUAAAAAUAACUAUUAUGACAAGGAUCCUUCUCAGUUUGACGUCAGUGAACAGUUAUGUGUUACCUUGAAUAACAUUGAAUACAUGAGACUGUGGUUAUCGAAACUGCCUGAGAUGCUGGGCUGGGAAGAUGUCAUUAACGCCUUGAUAACAGCGCAUGGUGAAAGAGGUGGAAAGCAUGCACGCUCAGCUCUGGAAAAUAUGCUAUGUAGUGCAGACGACGACAUGCUUAAUAAGGUUGCCGAUGCUAUUGAGCACAUUGGGCACCGGAUGGGGGUCGAUAUCAAGAGAUUUGUUUUUCAACUGUGCUGUGCCCCAGAAGACACGCCAGCUGAAGAAGUUGUGGUUCCUUUACUCAAAUACUUGGACGAUGAUCUCAUGGUUCUGAAUACAAGCGUCGUCAAAUCUGUGUUUCACAGAAUUCUCCAUUUCAUUUGGGAAAUAGUGAUUGAAAACUUCAGUAAUGGUAUUAAAGCAAACGGAGGGAGAACUGCGUCCUUCUACCAAAGACAAUGCGAAGCACUUGAGAUAGUGCAGAGUUUCUUUUACGCCGAUGGAGUUGGGGUUCCUUUGGAACGUCUGCAGCUGGGAAACUAUAAGAUUUUGGUUGAAACCCUCGCCUUACGCAAGAUGUCCACAACAGAGUUAAUCCAACACUACUUUGCCGAGAGGUGUGGAGAACAGGAAACUGCCGAAGAGAAAUAUGGAGCCGUAACAUUUAAAGCUUUCUAUGAUUUUAAUAACCAGAAGCUUCAAGUUGAAGUGCUGAAUGCAAAGAACCUUCCACCACUAGAUACUAACGGGCUGUGUGAUCCGUAUGUGACGGUGGAGCUUUUGCCAGAAGAUUUUUACGGAAAGGAGAUGAAAAAAACGGAAAUCAUCAAGAACACUUUGUUUCCACUUUUCGAUGAGCAGUUCGAUUUUGAUGUUGAGCCGGAGUUGCUGAGAGAGACUGGUUCCUGUUUACACUUGACCGUUAUGGAUUAUGACGUAUUUUCAAAUGACGAUAUUGCUGGUCACGUGUACUUCAACUUGAAUAACGUCUGCGGUUUGCGGGAAGUUGUGGAAGGAGGCUUUACUAACGUACCUCAACAAACACGAAAUAUCUUCCAUCCUAAGCCUGGAGGCCGGUACUUUGAAGUUCUCGAGUCACGGGAUGACGAAAAGGCUCAACGGUUUGCGAAAGCAGAGAUUGACUUGCACGAGAGAACAAUCAGCGCACAUGUGUGAGGAACCAGGUUGGCCAUGACGCAACUUCAGUCUCUGUCUUGUUAAGAAUUUAAGCAAUACUUCGUCAUUUAGCUCACUUGGCCUGCUAACUUUCUGAGAUGAACGAUUUCAAAUCAUGUCUACCAAAGAGGUAGCAAGAGCCAUCAAGCCCGCAAAUGACGUGUUUCGAAAGAGACCAAGCAGAAUGGUGUGAAAAGUUAAUGUCUCAGUAGAUUGUAAACCGUUUCAUCUCUUUGUUUAUAUUUAACAAAUAGAGAAGCCUUGACUGUUCUCUGUUCCGUUGUAAAGCACGCAGGAAGCGGCUAGAGCACGAAAGAAGUGCAGGAAGAAACGCGAGUCGUAGUCGUUUUACUUUCAAUUUUCAAUACAAACUUUAUUUCCAGAGCAAACAACUGUGUCGUCAUCAUGCUCUAUUCUCUCACAAAGUACGCCACAAUAAGCUAAUCAGAAUUCCUGUUAGAAUGGUUCAAAUAAUCCCAUUGGCUGUACAAGACUGAAGUUGUCAAAAAUGUCAAACAAUCAAAGUUCACUUUCUGCAAUAGUUUACAAACUCAGUAAUUCGGCAGGUCAAAUUUAACACUUUUGCCUGAAGUCUUUUAGUCUAUAAUAUCCAGCGAAAUCCGGUCGAAUUGACUGGCUUCAACUCAACGCAUCGGAAAGGAUAUCAGAGCAAGCUCUUAGUUGUUCUCUCAGAGGGCGGCAGAUGUAAUUUCUGAGGCUUAGUUGACUGCUUUAUUUUUUAUCAUUCCUGUUUUGUUCUGUUUUGUUUUUGAACACGAAACUAUAUAUACGACACGAGUGUUAGCUGUGUUUAAUUUUUAUUACCGUAAGUAAGCUUGAAAUAUGAAUGUGAAAACCAUCAAAAUUUGGAAUGUCCAAUUUGUUUAUUCAUUGAGGAUUUUUUGUCUCUGCUCACGUUAUAAUAACAUAAAUUACUGCGCCUGGCAUGUUCACAAACCUUUAUUUGGUUCAUCUGUUGCUAUUGGCCGACUUACCUGUUCCGAAAUUUCACUCUCAAUCAAAGGAAAAAAACUAGAGAUAAGUCCCGGAAAAGGUCGGACAUAGUACAAUUUGGCAGACGGUGUGACAGCUUUAGCUCAGCUCUAUACUCUUAUAGAGCAUGCUCUUUCAACCAACGACAGCGCGCGUUAUAUCCGAACUUUUUUAUGGUAAUAUAUAGACUUGUGUAUUACAAUUUCUGUUAGAACUUGAAUAGAACCUGUGGUUAAAGCUAUUCGUUCAACACUGAGUAAAAUAAACUAUUACA